GUUCUUAUUGGAUGGUCUCAACUAUUUUACUAUCAUAGUUGUCUGAGAUGGUUAACGCGACUUUAUGAUUAACUUGAUCUUACUCAGUUUUGCUAAUUCUUUCUUCAAUACAGUAACGGUAAAUGUAUAAUGCACAAAAAUAUGUAAUACGGCAAAAAUGUGUCUCUGAGCUGCAGGGCGUUCCCAUUCGACAGGAGUGCCACGUCAAAGUGACGGAUGUAGCUAGGUGUACUCGAGGGGGGGUACCGUAGUCAAUACAAGAGUCACCGGUUAAACGCUGUCCGACCAAAUUGAUUCCUAGACACAGCGUUGAAGGUGUGGUAGGUCGAUUCCCUAGAGGAGAUUCUUCAAGCUUAGCCAAGCAGUGUGAUCAUCGUCAUGGAGAGCACCAGAAGCAGACUGACCCAGAGGUUGGCUGAAGCCGGCCAGUCUCACCUCCUGCAGUUCUGGGACGAGCUGACCCCUGAGCAGCAGGCCAAGAUGACCUCUGACCUGGAAGCUAUGGACUUCCAGGAGAUCAACAGGUUCUUCCGCAGUGCCAUGGAGGUGUCGGGCAGCAGCAAGCAGGAGAAGAUGGACGCCCGCAUGGAGCCAGUGCCCAGGGAGGUGUUGGGUAGUGUGACCAGGGACAGAGACCGCCUCAAGGACUGGGAGGAGGAGGGUCUGCGGUGUAUUUCCCAGAGCAAGGUGGCUGUUCUUCUGCUAGCGGGGGGCCAAGGGACCCGGCUUGGGGUGUCCUACCCAAAAGGCAUGUAUGAUGUGGGCCUGCCUUCCCACAAGACCCUGUUCCAGAUCCAGGCAGAGAGGAUACUGAGGCUUCAACAGCUGGCAGAACAGAGACACGGAGCCAAGUGCGGCAUCCCCUGGUACAUCAUGACAAGCGGCCGGACCAUGGAGUCGACUAAAGAGUUCUUUUCGCGCCACAGCUACUUUGGGCUGGGCAAAGACAACGUGAUCUUCUUCCAGCAGGGCAUGUUGCCUGCCAUGGACUACAACGGCAAGAUCAUCCUGGAGAGCAAAGCCAAGCUGGCCAUGGCCCCAGAUGGUAACGGGGGUCUGUACAGAGCUCUGGGUACUCAGGGGAUCGUGGAGGACAUGGAACAGAGGAGGAUCGGGUUCAUCCAUGUGUACUGUGUGGACAACAUACUGGUUAAAGUAGCAGACCCUGCCUUUGUCGGCUUCUGUGUCCAGAAAGGAGGAGACUGUGGGGCUAAGGUGGUGGAGAAGACCAAUCCAACGGAGGCGGUGGGCGUGGUCUGUAAGGUGGACGGAUGUUACCAGGUGGUAGAAUACAGCGAGAUCUCCUUGGCUACGGCUGAGGAGCGCAGCGCGGACGGGCGGUUGAUGUUCAACGCUGGAAACGUAGCCAAUCACUUCUUCACACUACCCUUCCUCAGGGACGUCGUCCAGACAUUCGAGCCUCAGCUGCAGCAUCACGUGGCCCAGAAGAAAAUCCCGUACGUGGACAUGCAGGGAAGGCUAAUCAAACCUGACAAACCCAACGGGAUUAAAAUGGAAAAAUUUGUCUUUGACAUCUUCCAGUUUUCCAAGACCUUUGUGGUGUACGAGGUUCUUCGUGAAGACGAGUUCUCUCCCCUGAAGAACGCUGACAGCCAGGACGGUAAAGACACGCCCACCACGACGAAACACGCCCUCAUGUCCCUGCAUCACCGCUGGGUCCUCAAUGCUGGAGGACACUUCAUAGACGAGAACGGAACGCGUGUGGCCGCAAUACCCAGAGACGGACCUGCAGGAAGUGGCACAGCUGAUGUCAACCAGAACCUGAAGGAUGGAACAGACCUGCCAAUCAAAUGUGAGAUCUCCCCACUGGUGUCCUAUGGAGGGGAGGGGCUGGAGGGGCUGGUGAGGGGUCAAGAGUUCCGCCCCACCCUGGUCAUCGACGAGAGUGGAGUCCACGAACUGGUGAAGAAUGGAGUGUGAGGGACAGAAGGAUGGAGAGGGAGAGAAUGAAAGGGUGGGAGUGAGCAAAAAAGAGAGAUGAGCCAAAUACCUAUUCCACUCCUCCCCCCGUUUCAGUGCAAUAAUGCUGUGUUCAUGCACUCUUGGAAAUAAUCUGAAACACAGGUUUCCGACAUCCAAAAACGUUUAAUGUGAACUUCCAAAUUGGAAUUAUAAAACCUGGGAACCUGUGCUAUAAUUCAGUACCACGAGAUCCAACCCCCAAGUGGAAUGUUUUUUCAGAUUUUUCAGAGGAGCACAUGGCCGCAGCAUAAGAUGAAGGACAGAAGCCUUGCGUUGCGGGGCUGCAUGGCUGGAUGAAGCAGUCAGAAGAUCAAGUUAUUUAUUUUGCUUAUAAGACGUAUUUUUAUAUGGAUGGAUGUCUUGUAGAGGGAAAUUACCCCCUAUGCAUUUUACCAAGUGAUUUGUACACACAGAUACAAAUAGAGAGGAGUACAACGAUUGUAAUCAGAUGAUCCUAAUGUGAUUGAUUAUUAACAUGUAAUGUAGGUACAUGGGAAGGGUUUUAUUUAUAAUUACUAUGUAGUAUAGCACACUACUGCUAGUCUUUUGCCUGAUUGUCUUCAAAAUGACCCUGUUGAGCUAUAUGACAUAGGAAUUGUUUUCCAUUUUCUUUAUUAAAGAAAUGUCCAAUUUGGAACAGGUAUGAGUUCUUUGAUUAAACUCAAGGUUAGCGUGGUGUGUAUGUCUCUAUGCGGCGUGGAUUUGUGUGUGCGAGCAAGCUCUGUGGUUAUGAGUGUGUGUUGAUUUGUCUAUCUCUGUUUGUGUGUGUGCGGCUGUGUGUGUGUGAUGGGUGUUUUUUGCAUUAGAAGUCCUGGUGUGUUGAAUCAGAGAUUCCAGCAGCAGCACAUGGUUUGUGUUUAAGAUGGGCAGAGAGAGCAUGAUACACUCACUGCUGCAGCCACUCAGAAAAUAUAGUCUGUGGCUCCUAACCAUCUCUCUGUCUGAUUGUCUGUCUCAGUCUCGCACACACUUACUCUCACUUUCUCCUUUUUUCUUCCUCUCUCAUCUCCUCUUUUCUCUCUUUCACUAGCUCUCACUCCCGCUACAGUAUCUCCGACAGAAGGUAUUGAUUGCAGUGAUAGAGGGAAAUGCGUAGGUAACACUUUUAUAAGGUGUACCUCAAUGUAAAUGUUGAGUUGACUGUGGUAAAUAACGGUGAUGUCUAUUCUAGUCGGUUAUAUUCCUUCAGGCAGGUAUGAAACAUGACCAUGUGCAUAGAUAGCUUUAGCAGGCUGGACUGGCCUUGACUGGACUGGACUACUGUAGCAUAUGCUUUCCUCAUUAAGCCACACCAUGCUUUUCCACCAUGAAGGAAAUGAAACAUUUAAAGGAGAAUUCCACCCCGUGAUCAUUAUUUGAUCAGUUGAUCCUUACCUUCUCAAUCCUCCCUAUCCCUUUUAUUUCCUGAGUCUGGCCAAACGUUUUGGUCUACAUCAGCAACGGAAUACUGGCGGUGAUGAUGUCAUCAGGAGGUGACUGUCUCCUAACUCUUCACUAAGGUUAGCUCAUUCUGUGGACUGAGUAUAAUGUUUAGGCUAAAAAGGGCUUCAUGAAUUGUUAUACGUUAUUAUCUUAGUAACAGUACUGUUGUCUAGCUUGCAAUUCUAAAUAAUGUAAAUUAAACUAAUUCCAGUACAGUUGUAAGUGUACUAACAGUGUAAAAACACUGUACUUAAGUGCAUUGCCAAUGUCAUAUCUAUGGUCACUAUAAAAGGUUUUUGUAUUGUAAAAUAAAACCCUAUCAAAUGUGUCAUUUAAAAAAAAAAAUA